CUCAGUUGGCGGGUGCUUUGGAGCUUUCAGAUGUUAUGACAAACGAGCACGAUGGGCUUCUCGAGAUGUACGAUUCGGAAUUUUGCGUGCUGCCCUUGACAUCAGACACAACAAUCAACCCCUUUCGAUGUCAACGGCAAACAUCGCAAGGAUCACGACUGCUUUUCCACUCCAUUCUCGCCCUGUGCUGCCAGCAUCUAGACCGGCUCACAGGGAGCUGGUCAUCUGAAGCAUCCAAGCAUCGGACCACAGCUUCCCAGCUUCUCGAGGUCGCAUUACAAGGUGGACAGGCUAGAAAUGGAGUUCAUCUCUUAGAGCCUAUCCUGAUCAUGUUUACUCUCGAUUGUACGUUAUCUGCAGCUGGGAAAUGGACAAGCCAUCUCGCCCAUGCACAUUCAAUUCUUCAAGCGUGCGGUGGUCCGAGUGCACUGAAGAAUGCCCGUGUUCGUGCUCAAGUGGGCAUGUUACUCUGGUGGGAUGCAACACUGGCAUUGGUAUCCCGACAAGGACCGAUCAUCGACCAGGCGUAUCUCAAGUUCCUCGUGAAGUGGGAAGAGCAAGAUGAAUGGUCAUUCUUCGACCUCACCGGCUGUCCCGGAGAGUUGCUAGUUCAUCUCUUCCAUCUGGCAGAGCUAGCGAAGCAAAAGGAGAUGUCCUGUACAAUGGAAUGGCUAACGUUCAACAUGACGCCCAUCAUAGCAAUCGAGCAGAAAAUCAUGAACUGGACAAACAACCACGUACUUCCAUCCAACGACACAGAUACGGACUCAGAAGAGACAUUCCAUGCCCACCAAGACCGGCAUCACUGCGCCGAAGCAUGGCGAUACACACUACUCAUCUACAUUGAGCGGGUCUUCAAAUGGGAGCGACAGCAACACCGCCCCCGGUGCAUGCCUCGCCUUGUCCGAAUGACGCUGGACCAUGUCCGGUCCUGUCGACGGACAUCGCAAACACAGAAGCAGCUUCUCCUGCCUGUGUUUCUGGCUGGUAGUGAGACUGCCGAUAAGGAUAUGCAGGGAUUCGUCAAAGACUACUGUAGAUACUGGGGAGAGAAGAUCCGGUAUAACAUGUUUAAUUCUGUUCCAACGUUGCUAGAUGAGAUCUGGGCAGAUUCGUCGUGGUGGGGAGAUGUCAUUGAUAGAAAGACCAAGGCAUCAGGGCAGUUGCAGUAUUUAUUUGGAUAG